AUGUUUUCAGGUUUGUGUGAUUUUGCCAAAAUGCAACAUCAUCAGCAGAGGAUGGCAGCUUUAGGAACAGACAAAGAGCUCAGCGACUUACUCGACUUCAGCGCGAUGCGAAACAGCGAUUUGAAAACGUUCCCAACAUCAAUGAUGUUUUCUCCUCCGGUUAGCAGUGGGAAAAAUGGACCGACCUCACUGGGAAGUGGGCACUUCUCCGGCUCAACUGUGGAAGACAGACUGAGCUCAGCGUCUUGGGGAAAUGGCAGCCGCAUAACAAAGGUUUACAUUGACGGCUCUCAAUACUCUCACAUGGCUGGUAGGGACUUGGGGUCACAUGAUGGCAUCUCUCCGCCUUACGUGAAUUCUAGACUGGCAGGUAAAACAGAAAGAGCAUCGUACUCAUACAGUCGUGACUCGAACCUACACGGGUGCCAUCAGCAGGGUAUCAUGGGAGGCGAGAUGGGAAUGGUGAGUCCCGGGACAGUUUCCCCCACGAAACCAGGCUCUCAGUAUUAUCAGCACUAUAGCAGCAACCAACGGCGAAGACCACUACACAGCGACUCUCUGGAGGUCCAGACAAAGAAAGUGCGCAAAGUUCCUCCCGGCCUGCCCUCCUCGGUAUACGCACCGCCUGCCAGCACUGCAGAUUAUAACCGAGACUCGCCGGGUUAUCCUAGCUCGAAAGCACCCAGUGGCAGCUUCCCAUCCUUUUUUAUGCCUGAUGGUCACCACAGUACAGACCCAUGGAGCUCCUCCAGUGGUAUGAAUCAGGCAGGUUACAGUGGAAUGCUGGGAAAUUCCUCCCAUGGCCCUCAGAGCAGCAGCUACUGUGGCCUACACCCACAUGAGAGACUUAGUUACCCAUCACACUCCUCGGCUGAGAUCAAUCCCAGUCUUCCUCCGAUGUCCUCUUUCCAUCGCAACAAUGGCACAAAUCACUACAGCGCCGCCUCCUGCACAGCGACCACAAAUGGAACAGACAGCGUUAUGGCUAAUCGAGCGCCAAGUGGAGCAGGAAGCAGCUCACAGACUGGAGAUGCAUUAGGAAAGGCCCUGGCUUCGAUCUACUCUCCUGAUCACACCAACAACAGUUUCUCCUCAAACCCCUCCACCCCAGUGGGGUCUCCACCCUCACUCACAGCUGCAAGUUCAGCCGUUUGGUCCAGAAAUGGUCAGGGAGCCUCAUCCCCAAACUAUGAGCCUCCGAUUCACUCACUGCAGAAUCGUAUAGAGGAUCGUCUGGAGAGACUGGAUGAUGCGAUUCAUGUCCUUCAGAGGCACGCGGUUGGCCACGGUGACCUGCACAGCCUCAUCACGCCAUCACACUCACAUUCGCACACACACUCGCACUCACACACCCACAACGGAGCCAUGGGCACCUUGAGCACCAGCUACGGCACAGGCCUGCUCGCGUCCAACAGACACUCAAUCAUGGUGGGGUCUCAUCGUGAGGAGGGAGUAGGGUUGCGUAGUGCUCACUCCAUUGUGCCCAAUCAAGUGCCCGUUCCUCAGCUGCCGGUUCAGUCUGCCACCUCACCAGAACUCAAUCAACCUGAUCCGUACCGGGCGCUCUCCAGUGGACUGCAGGGCCAGAGCACGUCUUCAGUGAGCUCAGAGAUUAAAUCAGAGGACGAGGGAGAUGAGAACCUGCAGGACACCAAACCUUUGGACCCCAAGAAGGAGGACAUGGACAGCAAGGAGCUGAAAGCUAUAGAGAGCACCAAUGAUGAUGAGGAUCUGACUCCGGAGCAGAAGAUCGAGCGUGAGCGUGAGAGACGGAUGGCGAAUAACGCACGAGAGCGUCUGCGUGUACGAGACAUUAACGAGGCAUUUAAGGAGCUCGGGCGCAUGGUGCAGUUGCACCUGAAGAGUGAUAAACCACAGACCAAACUGCUCAUCCUGCACCAGGCUGUCGCUGUCAUUCUCAGUCUCGAACAGCAGGUCCGAGAGAGGAACCUGAAUCCAAAAGCAGCGUGUCUAAAAAGGAGAGAGGAGGAGAAAGUGUCCUCAGAUGCCCCACCUCUCUCAAUGGGUGGAGCUCACCACAGCAUGGGCGAUGCCUCCAAUCCAAUGGGACAAAUGUAAAAAGCCACACCUCCUCCCUAAAAUGGUCAAAGCUGCCAGACUUUAUGAAAAUGAUGAGUGACCACUUCCUUUGACAACAUCAUUUCCUCUCCUGAAAGUCUGUUAAACAAUCAAAUCUGACCAGAUCAAUCAAUCAAUCAAUCAGAUUUCUGAUGAGUCACCUUAUUUUAUUCAUUCCUCUCCAUGAUCCCUUAUGUUUCUUUCUUUUUUUUAACAUAAUAACCUGCUCUCCUUUUCAAUGAAAACAUUCCCAGUUAUUUUUUAAAGGAACAGUAAAUAUUUAUGAUGAUUUUUUUUUCAUUUCUUUUAUUUAGAAUAUGUGCAAAUGGUUGGGGGAAUCUUCAAACAUAUCAUGAUGUAAAACGUUGAAAAAAAAGGGCCAUUAUGGGUUUUACUGGCAAUCUGGUUUUGGUUUUUUUUUUUUCGUACCAUGGACAAAAAUCCUCUCGCACUUUUGUCUUUCCGAGCGAGUAGAUUUGUAGUAUGGUUUCUCAGAAAAGAGGGAGAGUUAGCCACAAACAACAGUGUACAAUUUCACAAAAUGGUGUAAAAACCUGCAAUAACACUCCUUUAAAGAAAAGAAAAAAGAAAAAAAAGUGUACUUCUAGCACAGUGGUUCAAGGAAGAUACUACUGUGUGUUUUAAAAGGUGUGUGAGUACAGUGGGACAAGAAAAGACUUUUUAACCAGCAAACUCCCAGGUGAGAUGGAGAUUUUAAACAACUUCGAAGGUCAUUCCAGCACAUUAAACAGAUUUUAUCUUACAGAAUGGAGACUAUUGCAGAGAACACGCUUUGCUUUUCAGAAGUGUAGAUAACGCUAUCGUGCAGAUUUCAGUGCUAAUCUCUCUCCUUACAUGUCGGAAAUGGCUACAUCCAGCUAUUUAAAUCAUCAAACCAGACUUUUUUUUUUCUUUUUUGCCCCACCUCUCUCUCUCUCUCUCUCUCUCUCGGUGUCUCCUUUUCCCUCUUGUCAUGCCCCCCAGCAAAUGCAAUUUUAAACACGCUACACUUGUACCAACGUGCCUUUUAGAGUUCAUAUCAUCACACAGUGCGAGAAGGACGUUAUCAGAAACAUUUUUUUAGGAUGCAAGCUUAGGGAGAAUUGUUAGUCAUUAGGUCUAUGCAGUCAGGUGUUUUACAGCCUGGGAUUUAAAAAAAGUCAAAAGGAAAAAAAACGUAUUUUUUGGAUAAACUGUAUUUAAUGUACUGUAUGCCUAUAUGUAAUUAGAAGGCGUGUCCUGGACAGAGUAUCGUAUGUAUAUUGCGAUUCUUAGUCCUGCCCUGAGUCCACCUUAAACCCUGCUCUCCCUUAAAGCUCACGGUUUCCAUUGACACGUCUGUUAUCAAGCGUUGUAUUAUAGCUUAUUACCUGCUUUUUAUGAAUAUUGGCUUGUCUGUGAGCCGCUGUAGUCUUCAGUACAAAUGUGUGGUUGUAUGUGUAAAAAAAAAAAAAAAAGACUCUUCUUUCUCUUUUUUUUUUAAAUCUUUGUCUGUUUUGGUUUCUGUUCAAAAAAAGAAAGAAAGAAAAAGGGGAAAACUCUUGUUCAGCCGUAUGAGAUUCAACAGCGGCUCCUGCUUUUUUCUGGUUUGUUUGUUUGUUUUUCCUUCUCCAAUCAACACGAGGCACUGAAACUGGAAAAAAAAAAUUUAUUAGAAUAUCAAUAUAUAUAAAUGUAGAAAUAUAUUCAAUAUAUAUUAAAAAAGUGUUGUUUUCAAAAGGAGAGAUUGAUGCAGAAUGGUUUUUGGGGUUAUUUUUUUUUUCUCCUGGAGUGUCUGUGAUGCAUCAGAGUUCAUUUUUAAAAAAAAGAGUGAAACGUGACUCCAUAGUGAUCCGAUGUGUCAUGUGACAGUACGGAAAAGCCUCUGCAGGACAAAAAGGAUCAGAGGCCAGCUCGCCCGCUGGCUACAGAAACAGACAUUUGUACAUUUUAUGCAACAAAUGCAAACUCAAACCAUUAUUUUGAAAUCGUGUAUGUAAAAGUUAUAUUUUUACAUGUAGACUGUUGUUAUUUUGUGUUUAGAUAAAAACAUUGUAUCAGUUUCUCUUUUUUUUCUUUCUUUCUUUCUUUCUUUGUUAAAAGGCGAAAAAGUAACAGUAACUCUGUGUGUUGAAAAAAACGUAUCACGUUUGAAAUUGUAGUGAGGUCAAAAAGCUUCGAAAUUGUUUCUUUUAAAGAAAAAAAAACCUUGUUUAUAUUUCUGGGAACGUUUUUCUUUUUAAAGAAAACAGGAGGUUGGAAAACAAAGGUAUAUAAUAUUUGUCUCAAUCUCUAUGAUCAUGACAUUGCCAUGUUUAAUUGUACUUUUUGAAGAGAUGUGUGUAAAUAGUCAAGGUUUGUCAUUUGGGUUACUGCGGACAGUAGAGUAACAUGGUUUUAGAUUCAAACCCAGCAGUUUUUUUGUUUGUUUUUUGUUUUUUCUUCAUGGCCAGGUGUUAAAGUAAAUGACUCUGCUGUCCGUCCAUGUCAGCAAUCAACAGUCCUUUUUGUAAAAUACUGAAGAACAGAAUAAUUGGCUCAAGUCAGUUUAAUAUGGUGCUUCAAAGCAGGCAUUUGCCAUUAGCUCUUAAAAUUGCUUUUUGUUCUGUGUAAGUUAUGUCUCUGGUACAGACGGUUUGUUUUUUAUAUCUUUAGAUUAUAUCACGGUUAAAUUGUGCUUUCAAAGACUGACAAGUUCACUGCAGUGUUUCAUCACAGAAUACACUGAAACAGCACUAAGAAUUGUGGGAAAUGAGAACUAAAUUAGUCAAAUAAGUUUUGUUUUGUUUUUUUCUUUCUGCAAAGGCAAUCCUUUUAUACCAGUAAUGUUGGUGAAAUAAGUGGAAAAAAAUUGUGCCACAGAUUCUUCAGUUAUUUUCUGAUUGUUUUCUCGCUCUCUUUGUUCAUGCUGUAUAUAUAGAUUUUUUUUUCUGUUUUACAGCUUGUUAUAAGAAACAAGCUCAAAUACAGUGUUCUCCACUGACCAUUUAUCCUUGCCCCCAUCCCAACACACACAUGCGCACAUACACACGCAAACUUCACUAAAAUUUGAAGCUGGUUUGAUGGAAUAAUGAACUAAAAUUUUGCCACCAGAAUGCAUUUGUUUUCAAAUCUGAUAGCUAAUAAAAAUAAAGAAAGGGAGAAGGGCAGGAGCUUUGGAUUCAGUUUUGUUUUUUGUUUGUUUUUUUUUAAGCAGGAAAACACUUUGUCACUGCCAAAUGCACUCUGGAAAACAUGCCAGUAUUUGUAGGUUCAUUACACGGUAAUGAAAAUGUCUUAAUCCAGAAUGAGAUUAGUCUCUGUCACUCCAGCUGUAAGAUUUCUGACAGUGGAAGUACUCUAUACUUUUUGUCCCUCCAUCCUAUUUUAAUUCUAUAUCACCACUGAAAAUACAAACCUAUUCCAUUUGUCUUCAGGUUUUGUUUGUUUGUUUGUUUGUUUGUUUGUUUGUUUGUUUGUUUGUUUGGGGGGGUCAUGAACGGUGACGCUUGUCAUGUGCACAUUUGUGGAAGAGGUCUUCCAUGAUGGUUUUCUUUUCAGUUAGAAGUAAAGCUCAUUUCUUAAUUCAUGCAACGACCUUUAAAAAAAAAGUGAAAAAAAAUUACGAACAAGCACAAAAUGACUGGAAAAUGAACACAUCUACAGGCAAAAACGAGCCUGUUAAUUACAGUAUUACUUUCCCAUCCUAUGUGGUUUUAGACAUGCUCGUUUCAGAGUAUUACAGUCGUGUGUCAUUGUACAAAAAAAAUGGAUAUGUGGCCUUUUUUUCCAUUCUUGUAACUUGUGAUGCAAUUACAUGAAGAAAAUACAAUAAGCAGAGAUUUCCCGUAUACCAGUGCCUGGCUUUUUGUUAUAAAACUUCUUUUUCUCUAGAGCUCUUUUGCUAUAAAUUAGACUAGCACACCCUAUUCUUCGAGGAGAAAUGAGAACUAAAUUACACAUAUUAUAUUUGGCUCAUUUUUUUGCAGGGGUAAUCAUUUUAUAUCAGAAAUAUUGACAAAGUAAGGAAGGAAUCAGAACCAGCCGAAAUGGCCAACUCCGAAGUAUUCCAUUUUUUUUUUAAUAACGUGAAAAGAAAAAAAAACAUUCUUUAUUGUACUAUUUAAUGUUGUUCUGGUUUGUUUUUACUCAGACGAAGCUAUAUGGUGUGAAAAUGAGGGGACAAGCGGAUCCAACAAAAAACCUGAGCAGUGGUUCAAAAAAAAACAUUAAAACUAAACAACAGUUACACCUUUUUUCCAAACGUGUGGCUGUGUGCCUCAAGCCUUUUAUUAUAAUUUUUUAUGUAAUUUUUUUUUUGUUGUGUUCUUGUUUAUAUUCUUUUAAUUUCUUACUUUUUUGUUUUUGUUGGUUACUUUUUUCAAUUUGAAUUAUGUUUAUUAUAUUAUAAUUAUAAUUAUUAUUGUCAUUGUUAUUGUUGUUCCUUGCUUUAAGACUAGUAUCAGUGUGUAAACAGAUUGUGUGCUGGAAUUUUCUCUUCGAGCCAGCUCAUCCUCGGCCAUUUUCACUGUCGGUUUUCAUCUUGUAGUUAAUCAAUGAAGUCAUGUACAUGACCAUUCUGUAGCAAUAAAUGUGCCAUUUUUAUAACCGA